AUGUGGAUGUUAAAUAAAAAGAGCUAUGUCCAAAAUGUUCAAGAAACAUCAAAUAAUGUUGAAGCAUUAAGAAAUGGCAACCAACAAAUAUUAAAUAACGAUGAUGUUUUGUGGCGCUACUUCUUCCCUGAUGUUUGGAUGUUAAAUGAUUUUUAUAUUGGUCAAACAGGAGAAUUGGAAUUAAAUCUAAAAACUCCACAUACAGUAACUGAAUGGUUAUUUAUUCCUAAAUUUUGGACGGAUGGACGUAGGGAUGUUUGCCAUCUGGUUAAUAAACAUGUUUUGUUUGUUCAGAAAGAUGUUUUUAUGGAUGUUGACGUACCUUCGCAUAUUUAUGUUAAUGAAACUAUUUCAGUAAAGGUGACGAUUACUGCAGAAAAUCUAAAUAAAAAUGGAGAAGGUAAAAGAAUGGCAGUUUGUUUUAAAGGCCUUUCACCUUCUGUUUGUGGAGAUGUUGGGAGAGAUGGUGUUGCUGGAGAGAUAGAUUUUACUCGUAUAGAAUUAACAGAAGAAAAGCCAGUACAACAAAAACAAUUUUUUGUUCGUUUCCUCCGUCCAGGACUUCAUAAUCUUACUUUUGAGUUGAGAAAUGAGGAGGUAUUGAAAGGCCAUGGUUGGCAUUGUCGCGAUGGGAAUAUACAUGUUUUUGACCGCAUAGUAAAGCAAAUAAGUGUAACCAAUCGUGUCGAUAUAGAAGAACAUUUUCGCCAAAUUGUUGUUUACCAGCGUCAAAGCUUACCCCCAAGAACUGUUACACUUGAAGAUGUUUUGGGAGAGAAAUCGAGUACACGUGCAACAACAGAUCAUUCUUCACAAAAUUAUUUAACCUUACGUUCAACACAAGAUGUUAUUAGUUAUAGUCAACAACAACCUUUAAAAGUGGAUGAAAGUCAACAAGACGAUGAUACAACUAUUAUUGACACUGAACAAGUUAAGAAUCAUCUAAUUACUCAGAUUCAAAUAAACCCUGGAGGUCUCAGAAUUUUUAGCAUUGGAGUAGAAUUUUCAAAAUUUGUUGCCUCCUUUCCUCCAGCACUUUCUACUGAAUUGAUAGCUGCCUCUUCACCUCUUUCACUCAAUUCUGACCAAUUUCUACAGCGUGUGCGCAAUCGCUCACCAACAAAUUUAUUGUCACCUUCAAUUGCUGAAAAUUUACAAACACGUCGAAAACGUUCAAAAGGCAAAAAAGGAGGAAGAACCCAAAAUAAAGAAUUGCCUAUAAGAAAAAUAUUGCCUAAUAUAGCGCUAAUUAAAGGAGUAGAUUUGGAUAACAGUAAAGAGGUUGAUAGACCCCUUCAAGGCUAUUCCCUGCCUAAUUUGCUCAAGGAAUUGGCUCAGGCGAGUUAUGAAUUUAAAUCUUUGCGUGCUUUAUUAGCUGGAAUAGAAAAUAAUGAAGGUUCCAAAGAAAGUUUCUGGAAUAAUCCAAUAGAAAAGGAAUGGUUAGAACAACGGGAACGCAGAUUGGGCAAUUUAUUAUCAGAAUUGCUUACCUUUUCUGAUUGUCAAGGAAAGAAGUUAUGUGCUUUUGGUGAAUUUGGGAAGCCGAAUAAACCUGAAGAACGCAGUUUGGUUUUAACAUCAUUAGCAACUUCCCUACUUUGUGAACAAAGAACCCCUGAUGAAUAUAUAUGUGCUCCAAUUCAAUUUCUUGCUCAAUCCGUUCUAAAAAUAUUAAGUGAAGAAGAAGAAAAAGAGGAAAUUAUAGCAGGACUUGAUGCUUUUACUAAAUUUAAUGACAAGAAGAGCAAAUGGCUAUUUCUACAAGCAUUAAUAGUCCAAGUUGUUCUGGAUUGUUCAGCAUAUGCAUGUGCAGCACCAUUAAUGAAUGAUCAGUCUUCUUUGGCCAAGGAAGCAUGGAUGAAACUGCACAGUUCUUUUUAUCGUUCUGUUGAUCUGAGUGUAGACUAUGAUGUGAAAGUAAUUGCUGCUCUUGCUUAUAUGUCUACACCGGCUAUAAGAAGUGAGAUGCGAGCAAAACUUGCUGGGAAAACUGCUAAUGAUAACCAUAUUCCAUAUUGGAGUGUGACUGAGGGUUUUUCGAAUAAAUCAGUCAAAGUGCAAAAUUUAUUCGAAAGGAGUUUGCAAAAAAGUUCAAUUGUUCUUGUAAAUGCUUUAGCUUUACUAGCAUAUACACAAAACCAAAGUAUUUAUAAAUUCUGGAGGAAUGAAUUUAAUUUGGAGGCGUUGAGUAAUUGGUUAAUUGAGCAGCAAGAUAGUAAUAGACAAUAUGAGAAUGCUUUGGACACUUUCUUUGCUACUCGUGCAUUACAUCAAUUUGCUGUUGUUAAUGCGCAAAGGCAAAUGCGUCAAGCGUUGGCAGGAACACUUAAUGUAGCAAAUUUCACUGUAUAUUCAACAUCAUCAAAUAGUAGCAGAUUAUUUAAAGGUCAUGAUUUGCCUUUUGGGAUAUUUGUAGAACCUACAGUCCGUCAAAUGGAGCUUAAAUCUCGAGGAGAUUCACAACUCUUAUUAGGCGUUAAAGUUCAAGUAGAAAAGAGAAAACGUUCUCGUCGUGAUCCAAGUGAUGGUGAACCGAUUGUUUUAAGUUUAGAACAAAAAAGGAUACAAGCUGGAUUUAUAAAUCAAACAGUUACAAUUCGUUGUAAUUCACAUUUACUUAAUUCAAUUCAAAUUGAACAUGGCAUAUUUACUGGAUUCAGUACGUAUCCACAUUUUGUCUAUAUUUUGAGAGGCCCAGCAAAGUUCCAAGUAGAACCUCGCAUUAGUGCUACAGCUGUCCAUUUUGUUCUGACUAAUUUAAUUAAAGAAGUUAACGUUGUUUAUACAAUUGCAUUAAUCGAACCAAAUGGAGGCUAUUUACCGGAGAAUUUGGCACCUAUCUCCAUUAGUGCAAUGCAUCAUCAUUUAUCACUUGCUCAACUUAUUGUUUUGCCCCAAGAUUUUGAUUUUCUUGAAGACUUAACAACGUUAUCUAGGAGACGACGUUCAGUAUUAACUAAUUCUGAUGGGGAUGUUCUUCCUCCAGCAAUAUUUCCAGUUGCUACUUCUUUUCUUAGUCCAUUAACAACACCCAAAAAGGAUAAUGAGGAAAUUAAUAUUUUCAAUUCAACAACAAAAUCAACACAACACAAUCAAUUUUUAAAUCUGAUCUCAGAAAAGAGCGAUAAGCCUCAAUCCGAGAUUGUUGAAACAAUUUGCCUUCAAAAUGGAGUUUGCACUUGCGCGGAGCUAAGCUGUACAGUCAAAUGUUCCUCUUGUGCCAGGCUUACAUUUGGUGAACUUUGUGAAAAUAUCAACGCUCCAGAAGGACAUAAAUUUGGUGGGUCAAUUAGAAAAGUAAUUUAA